UCAAACACUGAAUUUACAUAGACACAAAGAAAGUGUGGAAGGCCAACAGCUUGCACAGUCAUUAAGAUGGGAAUGCAAGAAGAACAAAGCAGCACAACGGUAAAACAUCAAGAGAGCAUGGCUCACCUGGGUGAACGUAAAUGGACUCACGUGUUCCCUUUCCUGGUGGUCUCCCUGGUGUACUCUGCCAGUGCUGAAUACUCCAACUGCGGCGAGAAUGAAUACUACAACCAGACCACAGGCAUGUGCCAUGACUGCCCCAAGUGCGAGCCGGGUGAAGAACCUUACAUGACAUGUGGAUAUGGCACCAAAGACGAGGACUAUGGCUGCAUCCCCUGCCCUUCAGAGAAGUUUUCCAGAGGAGGUUACCAGAUAUGCAGACGGCAUAAAGACUGUGAGGGUUUUUUUCGAGCCACAGUCAUGACACCUGGUGAUCAGGAGAAUGAUGCAGAGUGUGGUCCUUGUCUCCCAGGUUAUUACAUGCUGGAAAACAGACCUCGCAACAUCUACGGGAUGGUUUGCUACUCAUGCUUGUUGGCGCCUCCUAACACCAAGGAAUGUGCAGGGGCUAACUCUGGCAUUUCAGCCAUUUUCCCAAGUACCUCUGGCACAAGCACUUUCUCGCCUUACCAGCAUGCUCACAAAGCAGAUCUUUCAGGACAAGGACAUCUGGCUACAGCUCUUAUAAUUGCCAUGUCUACCAUCUUCAUAAUGGCUAUUGCCAUUGUCCUCAUCAUCAUGUUUUACAUUGUAAAAACAAAACCUUCUGCUCAAGCCUGUUGCAAAAGCCACUCAGUAAAAAAUGUCGAAGCUCAGGCUAACACACAAGAAGAGAAGAAAGAAGUGCAAGAUAACGUUGUGAUAUUCUCUGAGAAAGAAGAGUUUGAAAAACUUACAGCAACUCCAGCUAAGGCUGUCAAAAGUGAAAAUGAUGCAUCUUCUGAGAAUGAACGACUUUUAAGCCGUAGUAUGGAUAGCGAUGAAGAAGCUGCAGUUGACAAGCAAGGGACCCCAGAGAGAUGCUUAUUAUCUUUAGUGCAUUUGGCCAGAGAUAAAUCUUCUACAAGCAAUAAAUCAACUGGGAUUCAAAGUCGAAGGAAAAAGAUACUUGACGUGUAUGCCAACGUAUGCGACGUUGCAGAAGGUCUGAGCCCUACAGAGCUGCCAUUUGAUUGCCUGGAGAAGACCAGCCGAAUGCUCAGCUCGACCUACAACACAGAAAAAGCCAUAGUGAAAACGUGGCGCCACCUUGCCGAGAGCUUUGGACUGAAGAGAGAUGAGAUAGGCGGUAUGACAGAUGGUAUGCAGCUGUUUGACCGCAUCAGCACGGCAGGUUACAGUAUCCCAGAACUGCUAACCAAACUGGUACAAAUCGAGCGCUUGGAUGCUGUUGAAUCCUUGUGUGCAGAUAUUCUGGAGUGGGCACAAGCAAUGCCAGCUCCUGAACCAGCAGGGACAUCCUGACAUGCCUGCCUGGGACCUGCACUUCACAUCAUCCGGAAGAAGU